AUGUUUCUCAUUGUUCCAAAAUCGCGCAGACAGCAGCCAGCGCCGGAGACGACGAACCCGGGUCAAGAGCCUGCACAGGCGACCGAGCCGACGCCAAAACAUCUUCGCGGUCCUACUCGUGUUCAAAGUGCAUGCGACGAAUGUCGCGCGCGAAAGAUAAAGUGUAAUGGUCAGAACCCAUGUGGUCGCUGCCGGACGCGAAACAUAGUAUGCGUGUUCAAUUCCGCAGAAGCAAAGAAACGCCAGAAAGGGCCCUUGACGGCAGCGCAGGCAUGUACUCUGGAAGCUCAACAAACACGUCUUGUCGAGGCCAUCAAAAGCAUGUCGGCCACGAUUAUCAGCCUCGAAGCAUCUCCGUCUGCCAAGCGGGACAGCAGGACAGACGAUGACGAUGCCAGGGGACCCGAGGCACAGCCAGUGCCCGUCGCACCGGACGAGUACUUCGACCUGAAUGCCAUUCUCGACAAGUACGCGCCCCUUUGUCAAGUCAAGGAUCCCGUGCCUCCAUCAAAGAACCUCGAUCAACAUGUCUCUAGCAACAAGCGAAGGCGUACCGAUCAGUCAACUGUCUCGCAUAUGCAAAGCACGAUAUCUCGUCUUCCUAAUUCAACCGAAUUACCGUUGACCAACGACUCCACAUCUUAUUGUGAUCCGACAUAUCUAGAUCGCUGCAUUGAUCCUCUGGGGGAAGAGUUGGGAACUACCUUUGAAACCAGUGUCCCCUACGAGCAGAUGAUUGCGCCGCGGCCUAACCACUCUGUUGAGCCAUUUCAACUAUCUGCAGGGUCUAUAAGAGAGUGUCCAAACCCGCUACAAUUCACCAUCGGGGAUGCGAAUAAGAAUCCAGAAAUGAUGUUGAAUUCGACCGAGCCUGAGGACAGCACGAUGCUGCCGCCGUCCAUCGAGGAGCUUUACUUCCAGUGCCAGAACAUGGACGCGCUCAUGGAAUCGAUCGACUGGGACACAAGUCGAGCGCUGUCUGCACGUCUUCUCCAUGAAUCAGGAGAGCCGCCCAAGCCCGCGGCGUGUUAG